AUGCGGGGAGCCCAGGGCUUGGUGUUGUGCGCUGCAGUGGCCACAUGUCGCCUGCUCCGAUGCCACGGCCCAGGUUCAGGCGCCGUGGUUUGCGCGCAAGUGCGAGUAGCUUCCAUUGUCCCGCUGGGCAUACCGACAUCCGAAGGCCGCAUCGAAUUGCGCAAGGCCGCUGCUCCAUUUACCCGGCCUGUCCUGCUGCCCCGUCAGCUGUAG